CAUUACUAAAAGUAAUAACGAGACUUACAGUGUACUAAUGAGUGUUUCAUAUCAUUUAUUUUAUUUGUUACGGGCAUCACUGUCAUCUGUAUCGACACCAUGGGAAAAUCAAUACGCCCAAAUUCAAUUCAAAAUAAUGCCUAUCAUCGUGAAAGACUUUUCUUGGUGGCAAACUGAGUGUAAAUUGUUUUUACAAAUUAAAAUUCCUCACAUUUCUCAGAAAAAUGCUGAUAUUCUUACAUCUAAUAAAUAUUUAAAAAUUAGCUGUUUACCGCAUAUUUUUGAAGCGAUUCUUUGGGAUGAAAUAAAUGACGAAUGUAGUAAGUGUACGUUUGAUGAUGGAUGUGUUUUAUUUGAGUUACAAAAAAAAAACUGUGUGCAUUGGGAAUGUUUGACACUAAAAAAAUCGAAAGACGAGUUAAAAAAGUUGAAAUGUGAAAUUUUGAACAACAUUAUCGAAGAACGCCAGAAUAAAUCUCAGCAAAAAGCUGUUGUAAAAACAGAACGAGACCGAUUAGCUGUCAAGGAACAAAUUGAUUUCGAAAACAAAGAACACCAAAUUAUUCAAAGUAUUCGUGACGAAGAGAAAAAAAAAGUUUUGAAAGAGUUGAGCACGUGGAAGUCAAAAACAGAAAUUUCAUGCGAUAGAAGAAUAAAUGAGAAAAAUAAUAAAAACAUUUUUUCAACGGAUCAACCGAUUAAGAUCUACGAGAUAGAAAACAUACCCACUGAAGAUAUAGAACAGUUGCCAAAUCCUAGAACUUUUAAAGCAAUUGAGAUUAAUUUCACACCGAGACACUUUACCACUCCGAGCAGAGAAUCGACAAAAGCUGAUGAGCAAGAGUGGUUACAAAAGCAGACAGCCGCUAGAAGAGCUGCAGGGUUUGUGGAAGAAGACUUGAGACCAGAAGAACAUGACCCGGAAUGGUGUUUGCAAAAAGGAAACACAUUUAUGACAGAACUAAAUUACAUUGGAGCUGUAAGCGCUUAUUCGCAUGGUAUAAAGUUGAGUCCAAAAAUGGCUAUAUUGUAUUUGAACAGAUCUAAAGCGCAUAUUCAAAUAAAAAACUAUCACAAAGCUGUCGAAGAUGCAACAACCGCGUUGGACUUGAUGGUGCCGGCGGUCGAUGGAAACGUGGAUUGGCGAGCCGAGGCGUAUUACAAUCGAGGCAGAGCGUUGGUGGAGCUAAAUACCGCACACUUGGCCGUUGAUGAGCUCAGGUUGGCUUUGAAAUUGGCGCCAGACCGGGCCAACGUCUACGGACCGGAGUUGCAGAGGGCCAUGGACUUGGCUCCGGCGCACGAGCAGCAGCUGAACAAGAGUCGAGAAUUGGACCUAAGUAACGCGCCGACCGUUUGGUGUAAAUGAUAAUUUAUUUUUAUUUUUAUUGUUAUUAUGAAUAUUAUUACUGUUAUUAUUUCACUUCAUUUUCGGUCAAUAGCUCAAUAAUAAAUGUAUAAGAUAACUAAAGAAUAAUAAAUAUUUCAAGUAUAUUACAAGACCGAUUUGAUAUAAGUAUCUAUAAUUAAAUAAUUGGAUUGAUUAAUGACAGGAGAGUGUUCAAGGCAUACAAUCUCAGCUGAUACUGUGAUUUCGGCACAAAAUUUUCGAAACCCGGUGAACAUUGUAAUUUGUAGUAACAUUCAACUGAAGCGUGACUGUGGUACAAAUAUCUGUUAUAUUAUAUACUGUAGGACUAACGAAAGGGUUGCCGAAAUAUUUUCCGUCCGUUAAAUUUCCUCGGUAUAUCAUGGUUAGUGAACGACACCAUGGUUGCAGCAUUCAAUCAGAAAUCAGAAUACGAUAAAUGGCACACGACACGAUAAACGAGGUAUGAAUCCGGCUAUAUUCUUAGCCCUCAAGAAUAUGGUCGUUGUCACUUGUCAUUUUCCUUAAGUUUUCUCGUCGCCGUUCGGAGUUCUCCAUUACAUCGUAUAUGUAUAUAGUUAAUUUUAUAAUCAUUCUUAUAAAGCUAUAUCUUUAUUACAAACUUUGCUAUAGGAAAUAGAUAAAUUGUUGAUGAAUAUUUUGUAGUUUUAUUAUCCUAUGAAUUCUAUUUAAAUUUAGAUUCAAGAUUGAAUAAAAUGUUCAAGUAGAAAACUUACUAGCUUGGAUUCAAUCCCGAGCAUCUAUAGAAUAUAAACUGUAUAGCUGUGCGCCAAGUUUUUUUUUAUUUGAGAUUG